UUACUGGUCCACAAGUUUGACCACCAAACUGUGUUCUCAACUUACCACUAAACCCACAACAGAUUCUGCAAUCAAUCAAAUGCAUAUUACGACGCUCUUCUGGAUCAUAAAUCACACCCCAACAAACCCCCAAUUUCUCCUCCUUCUUCCACGACCCAUUGGUGAAUACCACAUUCCCACACAAACCCUAAAAUUUCAAAAACCCAACUGGGUUCCUUACCAUUGACUCAAAGUUUUCAUUUUUUUGACUAGAUUGAAGCCACACUGUGGUGGGUUUUGUGGGUUUAGUGUUCUUGAUGUUGGUCUGAGGGGUUUUGAGUUUGGUUGGUUGGUCAUGGCUAGGCGGCAUGGAUGGGAACUUCCUGCUCAUACUUUUCAGGUGGUGGCUAUUACGGUAUACUUCUUACUGUCGGUUGCCUUCUAUGCAUUUUUCUCACCUUUUCUUGGAAAGGAAGAUAUCUAUGAACAUGUGGCCAUUGGUGUCUAUUCCUUCUUGGCUCUGUGUGUAUUCAUUCUUUACGUAAGAUGCACAGCUAUUGAUCCUGCCGAUCCUGGAAUUUUGAUUGAACCAGAUAGGGCUUCACCCUAUAGAUCACAUAACGCCACAGAAGAAAAUCCUGGAAAUGGAUCUUCUGUUGGAGAACCGAGCAAAACGGGUUUUCAAAAUGGUGGAAUAUAUGAUAAAAAUAGUUCUGGUUGUUGUUCAAAAAUUGGGGGAUUACUUUGUGGUUGUAUUGUUAUUGAGGAUUGUAGAAAUGAUGAAGACAUGCAACAAGGAUGGGAAGAAGAAGCUUUAUUCUGCACAUUGUGCAAUGCAGAGGUGCGCAAAUACAGCAAACACUGCAGAAGUUGUGAUAAAUGUGUUGAUGGGUUUGAUCAUCAUUGUCGGUGGUUGAACAAUUGUGUUGGGAGGAAAAAUUACUUUACAUUUGUAUGCCUGAUGGCUGUAAGCCUUGUUUGGCUUACUUUCGAAUGUGGGGUCGGGAUUGCUGUUCUUGUUCGAUGUUUUGUUGAUAAAAAAGCUACGGAAAAUCAGAUUGCUGAAAGACUUGGAGAUGGUUUUAGUAGACCGCCAUUUGCAACUGUGGUGGCGAUUUGUACGGCUGUUUCUCUUCUGGCCACCAUUCCACUAGGAGAGCUCUUUUUCUUUCACAUAAUUCUCAUACGAAAGGGCAUUACAACAUACGAGUAUGUAGUUGCAAUGAGGACCCAAAGUGAACCGGCAGGCCCAUCAAUAGACGGGCUAGAUCAACAAAGCCUGCAGUCUUCACCCACAAGCUCUGCUGUAACCGGCAUGAGUGGCCGAAGCUCACAUGGCUUGAGCCUGCAACAUAAAGGUGCUUGGUGCACUCCUCCUAGAAUCUUCAUGGAUCAACAGGAUGAGGUCGUUCCUCAUCUAGAGCCUGGGCGGCUACCAUCCACAAUCGACCCCGACGCAGUGCUGCCACCCGACAAGAGUAAGAAACUACCACAACGCCCCGUGAGAAUUAGCGCAUGGAAGCUUGCAAAACUAGAUUCAAAUGAAGCAGUAAAAGCAGGCGCAAAAGCUCGGGCCUCGUCCUCUGUUCUUCGCCCAUUGGGCUCCAAACACAACCCGAACGAUCCUGACCGUUUAUCUAGUAGCAACGUGAGCAUAAUAAGCAGCCCGAGUAGUACAAUACAUUACAAAAGAAGUCACUCCAAAAGCUCAUAUCCACCUAGUCGGGCCAGUCGUGAAGAUAUCGAAACUUGCCAUCAUAGUAUUAGUAACACGAGCAGCCCACACCCGUUACAAGGUAGAGACCACUUUAACCCUGUGUACCAGUCAUCAGCGAAUCAAUCCCCGUUGUCCGUUAAAAACGAGCCAACAACAGUCCAACCAGUGGCCGUACCGGGACCAAGGAUAAACAACUUGGCGGUCGGUGAAAGUACAAGAUCGACCUCCGUGUACUGGGAUCAAGAAGCGGGCCGGUUUGUAUCCGCUUCAACUCCAAGAAGCGUGGGUGGCGGGUCGUCUUCUCAGGCUACAGCCACAGAGUUGACUUACACGGGUCAGUCAAUAUUCUUUGGUGGGCCCCUUGUCGGCGGUGGUCAAAGGGGGUCAACCGCGAUGAGUUAUUAUCAGCAAGGUAGGUCACAAAGAGGUGGGCAGCUACCAGUGUUUGUUCCAAGUGAGCAAAACCAGAAUCAUCCUAGGUUAUAAUGAAAUUGUUUUUGGUGAGACCAUAUCUUAGUAUUUAUGUAUGAUUUUGCAACAUUUUUUGUAAAAAAACACUUGUGGUUUCAAAUAUUGCAAGUAUUUGUUUCAGUUC